CACCGCGCCGCGCCGCGCCGCGCCGCGUCGGGUCGAUUGUACGCUGCGUGCUCAUAAGAUGCGAAUAAGAAUCGAGGUAGAAUCGAAUUAAAAUAAUUGGACAAUCGACGGACGCGCUGGAAAAUCGAUAAGGAACGCCAUCGAAAAGUUCCGAAAGACUGCCAGAGGAUCCAUCGAUCAUCGCGAGAUGUAAUUACGAAGUUUGUCACAGUUUUACGAUCGACGAGGACGAUCAGAUUUCUAAUCAGUGGCGCGGUUUCUUCGUGGGACUUACGACGAAGUGAAUAUGAAAGUUUACGAGUCCCAUCUGAAUGUUAAAAAAAGAAUGCUUCGUUAGAUUUAAUUUUGUUUUGAGAAGACUUGUUUGUUUUACCAGUGAUACAUCAAUGAUGUAAUUUAACACGUUGUGAUGACAAAAUUGUCGAUACGGAUUUAAAUAAAUUAAUUUUAGAGCUGAGGUGUCGAAGAAAAUGAAUCUGUAUAGGAUUAGUAAAUUUUUAAGAGGUUGCAAAAAUAAGCAGCACCAGAAAUGUUGAAUUAUAUCAUUUCUACUUGUAUAGAAAUGGAAUUUUAGCCUCGUCGAAAUGUUGGCAAUUAUUAGUCUGGGAGUCGACGUGUUAAAAGUAAAAGUAAACUACUCAACCCACACCAAUUCAGAUUCUUUGAUUCCAUCACAUUCUUAACAAGCUUGACCGUGCAUAAAACCGCAGAGGAAUAAAGUGUACUAUGAAACCAAGUGACUCAUCAAAUACAAUUACGAUGCUUUAUUUGGUGUCCCAGUCCCGAGACAGGUUGCGCACCCCUGGCCUAUUGGAUAAUCCGCCGUCAGGUGUAAUUGAAACGCAGACGAUAUCGUAACGAAAUAUUUAAUCGAGUAGCAGUAGUAGAAACGUGAGAAAGACUUUCAUAUAUCGCUUAUUGUACGCGACAGGAAAGAUGCUCGGAAGUCAACUCGUUAUGAAAUUACGAAAGCUUAUAGCGGUUGAACAUCGCCGAGCGUGUGAAGAUUCGGCGCGGAGAGGUAAAACCGUCGCGUCGCGUCGGAGUCGUGACGAAAGUGUCCAUUAAAACGAAUGGCCCCCUUUUGAUUGGUUUCCUCAAGGAAAAGAGGAGCCCGCAUAAUCUAUUCUUUCCUCUCGAUUGUAAUAAGACGUAAUAAGAAUCCGCGCCUUUGCACCGCGUAACCAUUAUAACGGGGACAUUAUGAUACAUAGCGAGAUAAGAUACAUUUGAAACCGCUAUCGGGACUCGCGUUAAAUUAGGUAAACAAGAGAUCGAGGAAGGGAGACUUUCUAAUGCGACCAUAAUAUAUCCUAAUAACAGGUUUCCUAACAAGAGGACACGAAUUUUCCUCUCCAUCAAAGCCGACGUCUUGGUCGCAUCAAGAUGACUCCGCGACUAUUCUCGAUGCUAAAGAAGACGGGCAGACCUUCCCACGAGCGCUGCGUGGAUUUUGCAACUGACUCGAUAUAUAAUUAACGAUAAUUUAAUUCAAAACGACACGUCUACUCUCGCUGUGUCAUCCUUUCUCCCUUGAUGCGUAUUUUCCGCAUUUGUUUCGCGCAAUUUGAAACAGAUAGACGAUCAUGCUAGUUACGUGUGAAAUGUGCUAGUCUCUCCGAGCACAUCUGUUUCAACACUUUUCAUUCUUUUCAAUGGAGCUCUAGUUGGCGAGUGUAACAGCUAUGGAUACGUUUAUCGACAGUUGUCAUUUUUAGCGAUAGUAGGAAAUUCCAAGUAUAGGAAGUUCAGUUUUGAUUGCACCGUGAGGAGAUAGCACAUACUAUGGCGCAUGUAUAAACAUAUACAUAUACGUUGAACAAAUGGCUACAGAAAACGCUGGAAAACGACGUACAAGUUCGUUAUCUGAUUCGAGUCAGAGCCAAGGCGAGCCGUCGUUGGAAUUAGCCGUCUAAUUCCGUAGAAUUUGCAUGUCAAUGUGGAAAAGUUCGCGACCAGCGAUUAUCCCGCGCUAAUUGCUACCGAACGCGGCUCGAAAAUUGAAGGUUUACAGAGAGGAAGAUGGAACGGACAACCAUGCAAACGAACGAUUCGAUCUCUCGCGAGAUUCCUCUUUUCCGCAUGUUCUCAACUAUAGGUAUAGUCCACGAAUACCUCCCAACUUCCUGGUUCCCAAAUGUACUCGUACGACACAAUCGACGAAAUUCAUUUAUUCGUUAAUGAUGAAUGUAUAAGUUUUGGUCUGUAAAAUUCUGCCAACUCAACAUGAUGUAUCGAAUAGUAUGGCGAAACAUUCGUGUCUCUUAACUCUCUUUCUAAUUCUUCGUGACUCUGAGUUCAUACACGUUAUCUACAUACAUUAUUCAUGUCCGAUGUAAUCCUAUUAUCAAUAUGCAUCAGUUUUAGCCUUGGAGCGAUAGUGUGGUCUUUUAAUGUGUAUUAUUAAUGAUAAACCAAUACAAUUUAAGAUAACUAAAUUGUUUAACCCAAAAAAUGGAGUUGAUCGAUUUAUAAAAUCGAUUCCAUAUAUAGAACAUUUUUCCAAGAUCGACUCCGUACGCUAACAUGAAUCGUAAAGUCUUUUUCGGGGCUCAGUUUACGACCACCAUUUUCCGUUCCGCUUGCAAAUCCCACGAUAAAAACGUCCCAUUGUGUCUGAUCGAUGGGAAUCGUUGAAAUAAUCUCGAGUAUCCUUCUCCCGAGAAACACAAACAAAGUGUAAUUAAUCGAUAGGAUCGCGUUCAAUCCACGAAAGGCGUCGUGUCCGCCGAGCGAGGAGCUUCUUUGAGAGAUCGACGCGACGCCGACCGCGGCCGACGCGACGAUGCAGGAAGUAGGUUUUGAAACGAGCUAAGUUUAUGGAAACCGAAAGGAAGAUUUUCUUUUUGUGAUCAGCAUUCUUUUUACUCCCAUUUUACGGAAUAAAUUCAGAUUCUGUUUGUUAGUGGGAGGGGGGAUUUAAGCCUUGAUAACCCUUUCUCCUUGCAUUCACCACUGAAAUCUCCCUUUGGUCCUUGCAACGCGAUCGUUUUCACGGUUGUAGAAGCACCAGACGUUGCGUAAACUUACAAUUAGUAUUCGCGGUGAAAAAAUAACGAGAUUACGUAGAUCAGAACUGUCGACCACGUUUCCUCUCAUCGGCCCUCGUAACUGACAGCACUUUCGCGGCCACGAGGGCUGCCAAAACUAUAAUCGAACUUAUCUUAACGCGUUCACGUUCUAUGCAUGUGAAUUUACUUUAAACAAAGAGUCUUGGCAGCGUGACUUUUCAAAGAAAGAAAUCUAGAGUACUCUACAUAGAGUAUUCUUCAUAAAGAUUCAUGAAUUUCAUUUAAAUUCAUUUCCUCUGAUGGCUAACAUAUAUGUAGAAUGAAUUGUUUAGUUGUUCAGAGAAUAGUACUGUCAGCCAUAUAUGGGUGUUGAACAAUUCCCAACCUGUUUUUCCUGUAACAACCCCGUUGUCAGAACGACUAGUACGUGGAAAAAUUGCAGCCCCUGGUUCAAGUACGAUCAAGUUACUAGUGUGUUCACGGGUGUAAGAGCACGAAGGGAUUGCGUAAGAGAAGAAUCUGCGGCAUCGCUCAAGAUCCCUCCACUACCUCCCUGGGAUCUUCUCUUUCUCCGUUCGUCCGGUGUGGGAGCCCCGUGUAAGAGGGCCUCUCAAGAACCCCCCCUUGUUCCUGCUCGAUCUCUAAAGCCAUAUAUAUACCACCACUUCGUGGUGGCAUUCUUCAAGAAAGAAACUUUGCCGGUAACACCGUCAAGACCGAAACUUGUGUAGGCGGAGGUCCAGAGGAACAGAGGACAGGUGGAGAGUGCGUUGUGCGAUCGAGGAACAAGGAUCAAUCAGAGAUAAAUGAACACCACGCGGAAGGAUACUGCGGAUUAAGGUGUUUGGAUCUUGUAUGAUAAGAUGAUUUCGCGGUACCACAUUCUGUGCGCGAUCCUGCUCUACGGCGCGGUUUUGUUGUACCAAGCGAUGGCGCAAGUAGACGGUUACACGCCUGGCGUGGAUUACCCGAUCUACGACUCCGUACCUUUCGGCCUGACAUUUACCUGCGGAGGCAAGUUACCUGGCUACUAUGCCGAUCCUGAAGCCAGAUGUCAGGUUUGGCACUGGUGCUUACCAAAUGGACGCAUGUUCAGCUUCCUUUGUCCAAACGGCACCGUCUUUAGCCAGUCAGCACGCGUCUGUGAUUGGUGGUUCAAGGUGGAUUGCAACGACUCGCCGAGAUUGUACGGUAUCAACGACGACCUCUACAGAGACGUGAACGGGAACAAGAUCUAACUCGAACUGUAUCCCCUGUGAAACAUGAUCGUAAGCGUCGACGAAGACCGUUUCUGUGCAGUCUCUUCACGGCGAGAGAGCAACUUAACGGAAGCGAGAUUCGUCCAUCGAGUUCCUAGCUUGCCGGCGGAGAAUCGGCCAACGAACAAGGCACUGUUGUACUCUCAGACGCUAAAUUCUGACUGUUGCGAGGCUGUUCGAACAUUGUAGAUACACUUUCCAAACGAACUUGACCGCACGUGCUCUGUAACGUUUCCACUAGAAUCGCUGAAAAAUCUUAUCGCACCGUUUCGCUCCGACGGACGAUCCAGGAUACCAUACUUAAUCGCCUUAUAAUGAAACUCGAUCACUUCAAUAAAAACAAACAACUGAUGCAUUAAUUUUUCUCCUGUGUGAACCGAGCGAACGGAAGCCACACUCUGAUCGCGUCGAUUUAACCGAGAAAUGCCUUUUUCAUUUUCCAACUGCGCAGCGUGAAACGAGCGAGAACAGUUUUAGUGGUUCCAUCGACGAGGUAAAAGGAGCCUCGAUCGCGUAACGAACAGUCGAAAUCGCUACGAACGAUUUCUUGGCAUGAUCGGACAAUAGAAAGUGAGCAGUCCUCGCGAGCGGCCAGUUCGACUCGUACCUUUUCCUCGUCGAACGUCGCCGUCGCCGUCGCCGUCGAUGCUACACUUUUCUGUUUACGCUUUACAUGCACAUCCAGUCGUCUGU